AUGGCUGCGGGAACUGGGGCUGCAGCCCUCGUCGGAGCUCGCGCGACCAAGCACAUUGUCAGUCAGAGGCUCGAUAUCCAAAUCAAGAUUGAGAGACACUUUAAUUCCAAGAUUUACACGUCAGGGUCCACCAUUUCUGGCCAAGCGGUUGUCAAAACUCAGAAGGACACUCGAUUCGAUGACUUUGACAUCAUUUUCUCCGGUAUCGCUGCUACACGUCUGGACUUUGUCCAGCAGUACCCUUCGCACUCGUUCCGGCCUUUCAUGAAGCUGCGGAUGCCCAUCGAAAGGUCUGCGCUGCCGGACAACUGCGUUUUCGAAGCUGGCAAGACGUACACGAUCCCUUUCAACUUCGUUGUUCCUCACCAUCUCACCAUCGGGGCUUGCAACCACUAUUGCUCUUCUCCGGCCGUGCAAGAGCAGCAUUUGCGUUUGCCACCUACCGUUGGUUUCUGGGAACGUGCUGAUCAAGCCCCAGACAUGGUCCUGAUUGAAUACUCGGUCAAGGCCAGAGCUUAUCGCGCAGCUUCUGAAGCAGGAGGAACCCCCCAGAAGAUUAUGGAGGGGUAUCACAUCCUCAAGGUACUUCCAGCCUGUCCCGAAGAUGCGCCUUUGGACGUGACCUUCAGAGACGAGCGAUACAACCUGUCCAGAACCAAGACUAUUCGUAAAAAGCUCUUCUCAGUCAAGGCCGGAAAACUUACCGUCACUGCCGCUCAGCCCAGUGCCGUCAUGCUAUCCGCAGACGGACAUCAUGCGUCGGACUCUGUUGUUCGGAUGAACCUGGAGUUUGCGCCUACCUCGACCGAUUUUUUCCCUCCCAAAAUUAACUCGGUUUCUGGCAAGCUUGUGUCGUCGACAUUUUUCGGCGCAGCCCCCUCUGGCCUUCUCCCCAACUUGGGAAGUCGAGCUACCUACACUGCCAACCCGUCCCUCAGCUACACCGUGUCGAACAACAUCUUCAACAACAAGUCUGUGGAGAAGCUAGUCUGGCGGGUGCACAACGUAUCUAGACGCCGGGACUCUGGAUACUCCAGUUUCGGCAACGCUGAUGAGGAACAGUCAGAGACGGAAUGCUCUGAUGAUGCCUUGAAAAAGGGCAAGAGAUGCCCCAUUCGACACAGCGCCGUCAUGGACGUGCCAUUCAGCAUCCCCAUUACCAAGAAGAUUUUCUUGCCCACAUUCCACUCUUGCCUGAUUUCUCGCACUUAUACCCUGCACCUUAGCAUGUCUGUUGGUGUCGCCAAUACGACCAUGUCGCUGGCGAUCCCGCUGCAGAUUGGCGUUGAGACCAUUUAUGAGCCCCAGUACGGCGGCCUGCCAAGUUUCGAGAGCGUCAUGACCGCAGACGAAGGGGCCGUCGUCGGCGGUCAACUCGAUGGCCGCAUUACGCAAUUCCCCGAAUUGAUGGAGCACACAGACAGCAUGCUUCCAGGGUACGACGAAAUUGGCCGACGAGCAGUGCGGGUUGCGUGA